UCUCAGGGACUUCUUUAGAGCCAAUGUUUUAUUGGGAGCCUAUUCUGAAUUAGGAAUGGAGUACGAAAAGUUAGAGAAGCAGAUCAAUGAAGCCAGGGACAUGCCAUUCCCUGUGCACAGAAUCUAGUUUAGCUCUUUCCCUGGUUUUAGCGGAUACGCGGUCUUUUCCUAAUCUGUACAUUUUAGGGGACUGUGAGAGGUUAAAGGCUACAGUGUUUAAUCUCUCCCAGAAUCCCUCCAGAGUGCAGAUCUCUAGGCAGUUAAGCGACCUUCCCCACUGUCUCAACCCUUCCCUCGACCAUAUAAGGAAAGGCAGCUGCUGGGGGCGUCCCCAGUAUCUAAAGAUAGAGGCUUUUGCCUAGGACUCCAAACGCCACUGGGCAGGUGGAGCAGCCAUGGCGCGGCAGCAUGCCCGGACCCUGUGGUAUGACAGACCCAAGUAUGUGUUCAUGGAGUUUUGUGUUGAGGACAGCACGGAUGUCCAUGUGCUCAUUGAGGAUCAUCGCAUUGUGUUCAGCUGCAAGAAUGGUGAUGGAGUGGAGUUGUACAACGAGAUUGAGUUCUAUGCCAAAGUGAACUCCAAGGAUUCCCAGGAUAAGAGGUCCGGCCGCUCUAUUACUUGCUUUGUGAGGAAAUGGAAGGAGAAGGUGGCCUGGCCCCGGCUCACCAAGGAGGAUAUCAAGCCAGUGUGGCUGUCUGUGGACUUUGAUAACUGGAGAGACUGGGAGGGAGAUGAAGAGGUGGAGCUGGCUCACGUGGAGCAUUAUGCAGAGCUUUUGAAGAAGGUCAGCACCAAGAGACCUCCACCUGCCAUGGAUGACCUGGAUGAUGAUUCUGACGGUGCUGAAGCAACAAGUAAUUAACUUUCUGUGACAGCAGAGCUGAGGAGGUUGUAACUACCUUCUGUUGCUCUGAAAAGCCCUGGCCUGGACCCUUGUCAGCUGUUUGGCUGUGCACCAAGGUCCUCUGAGAUCUCUGAACUUUUCUAGAAGUUCUUUAUUAAGUGUUCCCCUUAUACUUUAUGUCUUCCUCCUGGGCAUUUGACUUUGGUGCUGCAUCAAGAUGGCAGGAUAAAAGGAGGAGUAUACAGGUGGGGCUUCUGACUUCUUACUGAUUAAUGUAUAAGAUCUAUGUUUGGAAUGCUUGGUUAUUUGAGUUUGUGCAUAUAUGUGACAGAGCAAAAGCCAAAGAAGAAACAGAUUAUAAUAAAACUCUAGGAGUCGUUCU